AUGCAAUGGGCUGGAAAGCAGUUCGGCCAAUUCAAGCGCCUCUUCCAAUCCAAGCCGCCAGGGCCAGAAGAAGUGCAGAUUCCUGCUGCACAGGUGCAGGUGAAGCAUGGAUAUUUCUGGUUGAAACUCUUUCUGAAGGUGGCCAACGAUGCUCGCUCAAAGGAAAGGCUCCGAUUAGAGGCCGUGGAGCUUCAACGUCAACUCGAUGCCUUGGUCUCCGGCUUCGAAGCGGUGAACGGCGCCUGGGUCCAGCGCUUCAUCGAUCUUCAUCAGCAGCACAUGGAGAUCGGUUGUCGUUUGGAAGAUGGUACCGUGAACAUCAACGCAGAAGUGAAACGCUUGCAGCGCGUCCUGGCACAUCCCAAAGUCCUAGCGGCCUUGGAUACGCGGGAUGGAUUCUACAAGGGCAAGCGGAACGUGACAGGCGACUUCCGGCCACCCAGUUCCAGUCCGCCCAGUGGAAGUCCACCUGCGGAAGUUUUUCAUGUGGGCUUAGAUGAUGAUAGCGAGGAGGAAGUGAUUGACGCCAACGGGGCGAAGAGAACGGUUCAGCGGGGCUUCCGGGAAGCAGUGCGGAAACCCAAAAGGGACCCCGAUGAACCGGACGACUUGGAACGCUGCUAUGCCUUUGAUGCGGGAGGCCCCAGCGGCUCGCUGCCGAGCGGCUCGACGUUGCCGCCCGGCCGGGAGGUGCACCAGUUGACGUCUGCCAAAGAUGCAGUCAAGGCUGAUGCUCUACUGGGUGUCCAUCAGUUCGAGGAAGCAUCAUCAAGACGGAAAGAGGAGGAGAGGUUGGCCAGAGAAGAGGCGGCCAGAAAGGAGGAGGAAGAGAGGUUGGCAAAGGAAGAAGCUGCCAGAAAGGAAAAGGAAGAGAGGUUGGCGCAAGAAGAAGCUGCCAAAAAGGAAGAGGAGAGGUUGGCCAGAGAAGCAGCUGCCAGAAAGGAGGAGGAAGAGAGGUUGGCGAAAGAAGAAGCUGCUAAAAAGGAGGAGGAAGAGAGGUUGGCCAGAGAAGAGGCCGCCAGAAAGGAGGAGGAAGAGGGGUUGGCGAUGGAAGCAGCAGCCAAAAAGGAGGAGGAAGAGAGGUUGGCGAUGGAAGCAGCAGCCAAAAAGGAGGAGGAAGAGAGGUUGGCCAGAGAAGAGGCCGCCAGAAAGGAAGAAGAAGAGAGGUUGGCGAUGGAAGAAGCAGCCAGAAAGGAGGAGGAAGAGAGGUUGGCGAUGGAAGCAGCAGCCAAAAAGGAGGAGGAAGAGAGGUUGGCCAGAGAAGAGGCAGCCAGAAAGGAGGAAGAGAGGUUGGCGAAGGAAAAGGAGGAAGAAGAGAGGUUGGCGAUGGAAGCAGCAGCCAAAAAGGAGGAGGAAGAGAGGUUGGCCAGAGAAGAGGCCGCCAGAAAGGAGGAAGAGAGGUUGGCAAAGGAAAAGGAGGAGGAAGAGAGGUUGGCGAUGGAAGCAGCUGCCAUAAAGGAGGAGGAAGAGAGGUUGGCCAAAGAAGAGGCCGCCAGAAAGGAGGAGGAAGAGAGGUUGGUCAGAGAAGCAGAAGCCAGACAGGAAGAGGAGGAGAGGUUGGCCAAAGAAGAAGCUGCCAGAAAAGAGGAGGAAGAGAGGUUGGCGAUGGAAGCAGCAGCCAAAAAGGAGGAGGAAGAGAGGUUGGCCAGAGAAGAGGCCGCCAGAAAGGAGGAGGAAGAGAGGUUGGUCAGAGACGCAGCAGCCAGACAGGAAGAGGAGGAGAGGUUGGCCAAAGAAGAAGCUGCCAGAAAGGAGGAGGAAGAGAGGUUGGCGAUGGAAGCAGCCGCCAAAAAGGAGGAGGAAGAGAGGUUGGCGAUGGAAGAAGCCGCCAGAAAGGAGGAGGAAGAGAGGUUGGCCAAAGAAGAAGCUGCCAAAAAGGAGGAGGAAGAGAGGUUGGCGAUGGAAGCAGCAGCCAAAAAGGAGGAGGAAGAGAGGUUGGCGAAAGAAGAAGCAGCCAGAAAGGAGGAGGAGAGGUUGGCAAAGGAAAAGGAGGAGGAAGAGAGGUUGGCGAUGGAAGCAGCUGCCAUAAAGGAGGAGGAAGAGAGGUUGGCCAAAGAAGAGGCCGCCAGAAAGGAGGAGGAAGAGAGGUUGGUCAGAGAGGCAGAAGCCAGACAGGAAGAGGAGGAGAGGUUGGCCAAAGAAGAAGCUGCCAGAAAAGAGGAGGAAGAGAGGUUGGCGAUGGAAGCAGCAGCCAAAAAGGAGGAGGAAGAGAGGUUGGCCAGAGAAGAGGCCGCCAGAAAGGAGGAGGAAGAGAGGUUGGUCAGAGACGCAGCAGCCAGACAGGAAGAGGAGGAGAGGUUGGCCAAAGAAGAAGCUGCCAGAAAGGAGGAGGAAGAGAGGUUGGCGAUGGAAGCAGCCGCCAAAAAGGAGGAGGAAGAGAGGUUGGCGAUGGAAGAAGCCGCCAGAAAGGAGGAGGAAGAGAGGUUGGCCAAAGAAGAAGCUGCUAAAAAGGAGGAGGAGGAGGAGAGGUUGGCCAGAGAAGAGGCCGCCAGAAAGGAGGAGGAAGAGAGGUUGGCAAAGGAAGAGGCUGCCAAAAGGGAAGAGGAAGAGAGGUUGGCCAGAGAAGAGGCCGCCAGAAAGGAGAAGGAAGAGAGGUUGGCAGAGGAAAAGGAGGAGGAAGAGAGGUUGGCCAGAGAAGAGGCGGCCAGAAAGGAGGAGGAAAAGAGGUUGGCAGAGGAAAAGGAGAAGGAAGAGAUGUUGGCGAUGGAAGAAGCAGCCAAAAAGGAGGAGGAAGAGAGGUUGGCCAGAGAAGAGGCCGCCAGAAAGGAGGAGGAAGAGAGGUUGGCGCAAGAAGAAGCAGCCAGAAAGGAAGAGGAGGAGAGGUUGGCGCAAGAAGAAGCUGCCAGAAAGGAAGAGGAGGAGAGGUUGGCGCAAGAAGAAGCUGCCAGAAAGGAGGAGGAAGAGAGGUUGGUGAUGGAGGAGGAAGAGAGGUUGGCGAUGGAACAAGCUGCCAAAAGGGAGGAGGAAGAGAGGUUGGCCAGAGAAGCGGCAGCCAGGCAGGAAGAGGAGGAAAGGUUGGCGCAAGAAGAAGCUGCCAGAAAGGAGGAGGAAGAGAGGUUAGCGAUGGAAGAAGCAGCCAAAAAGGAGGAGGAAGAGAGGUUGGCCAGAGAAGUUGCAGCUAGAAAGGAAGAGGAGGAGAGGUUGGCCAGAGAAGCGGCAGCCAGGCAGGAAGAGGAGGAGAGGUCGGCCAAAGAAGAAGCUGCCAGAAAGGAGGAGGAAGAGAGGUUGGCGAAAGAAGAAGCUGCCAAAAAGCAGGAGGAAGAGAAAGAAGAGGCAGCCAGAAAGGAGGAGGAAGAGAGGUUGGCCAGAGAAGAAGCAGCCAAAAAGGAGGAGGAAGAUAGGUUGGCCAGAGAAGAGGCCGCCAGAAAGGAGGAGGAAGAGAGGUUGGCGAAAGAAGAAGCUGCCAGAAAGGAGGAGGAAGAGAGGUUGGCCAGAGAAGAGGCCGCCAGAAAGGAGGAGGAAGAGAGGUUGGUCAGAGACGCAGCAGCCAGACAGGAAGAGGAGGAGAGGUCGGUGAAUGCCGUGAAGGGAGAAGCUGCCACAAUGGAUAAGGAGGAGAGUUUGUUGUGA